UUUCAAAAUCCUGUUAUAAUAUUUUCAAGAUCCUGUUUAAUAAUACGUUGCUAAUACAUGUAUGCUCAUGAGGCAACACAAAGCUGCUGUCGCUGUGUAAUGUGCUUUAUUGGGGAUUACAAUCACUCGGUUUCCUUUCUGACACACCAUGGGGGUGACCACAACAGCUGUUCUAGACAGCGUGCUGUGAACAGCUACUUCAAAUAAUAUUGAUCGUUGUCUAGAUCAUCCCCCUAUUGAUUGGCAGUUAGCUGUGGCACACGCCUGUCACACGAAUAUACUGACUGUACAAAUAACGGUCCGUGUCAGCUGGGGCGACUAGGGGUGACCAAAGGACACCCCGCAAUCAACUGAGGCUGUCCGUGCGCGGAUGACGUGUGCCGCCGAGUAGCACUGCCGGCGCAGUCUCCGAGAGAACAGAGAAAUAGUCAAUACGCCAGAUUGUAUUUGCUGUGGUGUUUCAUCAAUAUAUCAGCCGGGGUUUGAUGUGGAUUGGAUAAUCAAUACGAGCUGCUGAUACAAUGGUUGGACUGCACUCGCAGCAUCAGGACCUCAUUCGGGAUGGCUGCGAUGAGCGAUGGACGUGGAAUAAAAGGGACAAGUCCCACGAGGUCAAAACAUCAGGAGAUGGACUUGAAACUGCUCAUUUCCAUCCACAUUGGUCUAACGGAACGGCAGGAAUACGUGGAAACUGUGUUCUGAAUUAUGGGAUUCAUUAUUGGGAAAUUAAAGUGUCACAACGGAUUUUCGGAACAAGUAUGAUGUUCGGAAUAGGGACUAAAAGUGCACGACUUCACGUGGACGCGUUUGUGAACAUUAUAGGAGAGGACAGACACAGCUGGGGACUUUCACAUAAAGGACUCUUAUGGCACAAUGGCAACUGUAGACAGUAUACGAAACCUUUUAAGGAAAACGAAUCCACCGUGGUGGGUAUGCUGUUUGAUGGGGUAGCAGGGACUCUGACGUAUUUCAAAGAUGGUGUAUCUUUAGGAAUAGCGUUUAGCGGAUUAGAGGAGGUCGUGGAUAAUAUCUAUCCCCUAGCAUCGUCCACCGCAGCCAAGACAGAGAUGACCCUAGGAGUCCGUCGGAGAGGCUACCAGAGUCUACAGGACCGCUGUCGUGUCAAGAUUUUGUCCAGUAUCCACAAACAACAAGAGAUUGAUCACCUGCCAUUACCCAGCAGUAUACGAUCGUUUAUCAAAGAUGCCGCAUGUGUUUAGCAUACAGACGUCAAUUCACAGAUUACGUUAAAUUAGGUAUAAAUUAUUUAUCAGAAAUUAUAUGUCUUAACAGAACAAACUGGUUUUAAAAGAUAUUUUUUUUUUAACCUUCUCCCUAUUUAAUUGCCAGUAUCCCAGUUUUUGGUUGUUCUUUCUAUAGUCUGGGUUAAUUUUCAAGACAAAGCGUCAGAUUCGUCCAUUUAUGUAUUGAUUUUUCCCCCCUCUCGCUUUUAAGAUAGCUAUGACAAAAUUAAUUAUGAAAAUGUGUGCGGGGUCACGUGAUACCGUUUGCAUAAUUUAUUGAGAAUCUCUUUCUUUGUUGUCAUGCAAUCGACACUUUCAAAUUUCAAAUGGAUGGAAAUCGAUAAGAUUCAAUCAGCUGAGUUUCACGGUCACCAAAUGGUGCACUGUGGAGCUAAUUAUAUUUAUGUUCCACGCAUAAUUUAAUCUUCCCGAUGGUGCUAUAUCUGUGUCAUUAUUUUUUCACAAUUAUUUAUGUGCGGUUUUUUUGUUUUGUUUUGCAAUUGUCACAUAUUGAACGACAGUAAUGAUGUAAGUAUGAGUGCGCGUGUUACGUUUUUUUUUUUUUUUUUUUUUGUGUAUGCAAUUUUUUAUUACUACAAUGUAACUGAUGAGUAUAUCUAGUCAACUUAUCCAAACUAGGAAAAAGUGAAAAUGUGUGAAGUUCAUGUAUGUAUAUAUUUAUUUUGUAUAAAUGUGCAUGUAAUGAUUAAGUAUUGUGUGUAUACAUAUGUUUUUGUGCAUGAAGUCAUUUGAAUUCCUUCUUUUUACGGGUCGUAUGAAAUCCACUGUGUAAAGUGAGAGUGUGCAAAAGAAAGAAAGAAAAAAAUUAAGGGCCGGGUCCCAGUGCAAUAUUUUGUAAGUGACAGAAUCAAGUUUUCACAUUGAUCUCAAUAAUAGAUCGUGUAGACUUAGAUCCCGUCAACGUGUGAGUUUUCCCGGAUUACCAGACGGACAUCCGGUUUCCGGUUUACCUGAACACUUCCGCCCGAUUAUUUCAUUACCAUGUUUAUUUAUACUGAUAUUGUUGUGAUAGAUAUCAAUGUAUUAAUGUGUUCUUAUUUAUUGUAAUGUAAUAAACCAGAUGAAAUAUCUAA